CUCGCGCCCACCCCCUCACCCCCUUCUUUCUCUGUCCUUGGAAAAUGGUGUCCAAGCUCACGUCGCUCCAGCAAGAACUCCUGAGCGCCCUGCUGAGCUCCGGGGUCACCAAGGAGGUGCUGGUCCAGGCCUUAGAGGAGUUGCUGCCAUCCCCGAGUUUCGGGGUGAAGCUGGAGACGCUGCCCCUGUCCCCCGGGAGUGGGGCCGACCCGGACACCAAGCCUGUCUUCCAUACUCUCACGAACGGCCACGCCAAGGGCCGCCUGUCUGGGGACGAGGGUUCCGAGGACGGGGACGACUAUGACACCCCUCCCAUCCUCAAGGAGCUGCAGGCGCUCAACACCGAGGAGGCGGCCGAGCAACGGGCGGAGGUGGACCGGAUGCUCAGUGAGGACCCCUGGAGGGCUGCCAAAAUGAUCAAGGGCUACAUGCAGCAACACAACAUCCCCCAGAGGGAAGUGGUCGACGUCACAGGUCUGAACCAGUCACACCUCUCUCAGCAUCUCAACAAGGGCACCCCCAUGAAGACCCAGAAGCGAGCAGCCCUCUACACCUGGUACGUCCGAAAGCAACGGGAGAUCCUCCGACAAUUCAACCAGACAGUCCAGAGUUCUGGAAAUAUGACAGACAAAAGCAGUCAGGAUCAGCUGCUGUUUCUCUUUCCAGAGUUCAGUCAACAGAGCCAGGGGCCUGGGCAGUCCGAUGACGCCUGCUCUGAGCCCCCCAACAAGAAGAUGCGUCGCAACCGGUUCAAAUGGGGGCCCGCAUCCCAGCAAAUCUUGUACCAGGCCUACGACCGGCAAAAGAACCCCAGCAAGGAAGAGAGGGAAGCAUUAGUGGAGGAGUGCAACAGGGCAGAAUGUUUGCAGCGAGGCGUCUCCCCCUCCAAAGCCCACGGCCUGGGCUCCAACCUGGUCACUGAGGUCCGUGUCUACAACUGGUUUGCAAACCGCAGGAAGGAGGAGGCAUUCCGGCAGAAGCUGGCCAUGGAUGCCUACAGCUCCAACCAGACGCACAACCUGAACCCCCUGCUCUCCCACGGCUCUCCCCACCACCAGCCCAGCACCUCUCCUCCAAAUAAGCUGUCAGGAGUCCGCUACAGCCAGCAGGGAAACAAUGAGGUCACUUCCUCCUCAACAAUCAGUCACCAUGGCAACAAUGCCAUGGUGACCAGCCAGUCUGUUUUACAGCAAGUCUCUCCAGCCAGUCUGGACCCUGGCCACAAUCUCCUCUCACCUGAUGGUAAAAUGCAGAUCUCAGUCUCAGGAGGUGGUCUGCCCCCCGUCAGCACCUUGACGAAUAUCCACAGCCUGUCCCACCAUAAUCCCCAGCAAUCUCAAAACCUCAUCAUGACCCCCCUCUCUGGAGUCAUGGCCAUUGCACAAAGCCUCAACACCUCCCAAGCACAGAGCGUCCCUGUCAUCAACAGUGUGGCUGGCAGCCUGGCCGCCCUGCAGCCUGUCCAGUUCUCCCAGCAGCUACACAGCCCUCACCAGCAGCCCCUCAUGCAGCAAAGCCCCGGCAGCCACAUGACUCAGCAGCCCUUCAUGGCGGCCGUGACUCAGCUACAGAACUCCCACAUGUACACACACAAGCAGGAACCCCCCCAGUAUUCGCACACAUCCCGGUUUCCGUCUGCGAUGGUGGUCACGGAUACAAGCAGCAUCAGUACGCUUACCAACAUGUCUUCCAGUAAACAGUGCCCUCUCCAAGCCUGGUGAUGACCACACAUCACUUGCUUUGUGCACAGCAACAAGGACCCUAUUUUCCACACCAUCACCCUCCGGGCAGCUGUCACAGAAAAGCCCAGUGACCUGACAAGCACCUUCGAGAGGUCUCUGCUUACCUGACAUCUUGCUGACGCUUCAGACAGCCGCUCCGAGGCGCAGCCCUUCCCUUCUAUGCAGUAUUGUUGCCAUGCCUCUCCCAAGACGUCAAGUACUCCCAUCCCGCCCACAGGCGGGAGACAAGAAACCGCAGAAGAGGAAGAGAGAACGCUGUCGUGCCUGCAUUAUGCUCCUUCAUCGAACAAACUGAUGUGAAAACUUGAAUCUGUUACUGACAGGAGGAGGACACGUGCUGUUGAACUGAGCCAAACACACUGUAAAUAUCUGCAGACUCCCCCCCCUCCCCCACCCCUCCCAGCUGAUCUCGAGAUUUCUUUUGAAGAAGUAAAUUUGUCCAAUGGGUGUAAACUAUAACCUACUGUAAUUAAGUGCAAUUUCCCCUCCACUCCCUUUCGCCCCUACCCUGUAUAUAAUACUAAAGUGUCUAUUAGUUUUCUUUGUAAAGGUCAGAGUUGAAUUUUCAAAGUGAUUUGCCGCCUUUUUUUCUCCCCCCACGGAGACGUAUCCUGAGUCGGAAGUGAAGCCUCUGCCCCUUUCCCUCAGGCCUGGACACACACAGGCACUGUACGUUUGGGACUGACUGCCAGCCGACUCCAAUCUCCUGAUGUUAAGACACACCUCUGGAUCCUGGAGGGGCUGAACAUAGUGUCAGACUAACAUCCUAGCUCCCGGUGGGGCUAGGGGUUCAGUCAGGACACCACCCAAGAAACCCCCAAGGCAAGGAAACUGGCUGCUUCAUAGCACAAGAAAAAGUUACCCUUUCGGAAAGCCUCCCAUUAAAACGAUUUAUUUUAUCACC